AUGGAAGGCUUUCAGAUAAGCCACGUGAUUGCAAGUCCGGUUUGGGCGGCAGCUACGUCUUGCAGUUCGACCUCUCGUCCAUGCUUUGAUCGGAGAAGAGAUCCCUAUCAGCACUCUGGGAAGGGGACACGUGCGUAUGCCGCAGGCGUCCCCAUAUGGCUGUUUGCAGCCGGUGCAACGCAAGUGUGGAAUGUUUCGAGGAAAGCUCGGCGUGCUAGAGGCCAAGUGCAGCCGAAAGCAAGGCUGUCAUCGGUUAGGCGUUUAGCCCAAGACUGGACGCGUCGUGACCAGCUUUUACAAAUUGAAGAGGAUGUGCAGCAGCUAUGGGAAGAGCAGAAGGCAUACGAGGUUGAUGCCCCUGAUGAUGCAGCAGCUUCAGCAGAGAAGUACUUCGUUACAUUCCCCUUUCCGUACAUGAAUGGGAAGCUCCACCUCGGCCACGCGUUUUCCAUUACGAAAGCAGAGUUUGCAGUUCGCUUCCAGCGUCUUCAGGGAAAGCGAGCUCUUUUUCCUUUCGGUUUCCAUUGCACAGGCAUGCCGAUUGCAGCAGCUGCAUUGAAACUGAAAGAAUGCAUUGCUCAGAGACAGAAAGCAGAGGAAGGAGAGCAGAAGCCGAAGCAAGCCUCGGAAGCGCAGUCAGAAGACAGCAGCUCGAAUGAAGGGGCGCCAGGCGUAUUCAAAGGCAAGAAGUCUAAAGCAGUGGCUAAGACCGGUGGUUUGGACCAGUAUGACAUCAUGCUCGCGCUUGGAAUCCCGGACGAUGAGAUUCCUAAGUUCACAGAUCCGAAGUACUGGCUGGAAUUUUUCCCGCCCCUGGCAGUCCGGGACUUGAAGAAGUUUGGUGCGGCAGUGGAUUGGCGUCGCACCUUUAUCACGACCGACUUGAAUCCAUAUUUUGAUGCCUUUGUCCGGUGGCAGUUCAUGAAGCUCAAGGAGGAGUACCUGGCGAAUGGAAAGCGACAGACAAUAUUUUCGAUCAGAACUCAGCAACCAUGUGCGGAUCAUGAUCGCUCGGAAGGCGAAGGUGUCAACCCACAGGAAUACACCUUGAUCAAAAUGAAGGUCAAGGAAUUGCCUAAAGAAUGGACGGAAAGUUUAGGAGACUCCAAUGUCUUCUUGGUUGCAGCCACGCUGCGACCUGAAACCAUGUACGGGCAGACAAACUGCUUUGUGUUGCCUGAGGGUGAGUAUGGUUUCUUUCGCAUGCGUGGAGGGGACGUCUUUGUCUGCAGCAGGCGGUCUGCGUUGAACAUGUGCUAUCAGGAUUUGGCCGAGAGUUCUGAGGACAUGCAGCCGGUUUGCCUCAUGACAAAAACUGGUGCUGAUCUUGUUGGACUUCCGCUGGAAGCCCCGCUUUGCCAAUACCCGACCAUCCAUGUGCUGCCCAUGUUCACGAUUUCCAUGCAGAAAGGGACGGGUGUCGUAACAAGUGUCCCAGCCGAAGCACCAGAUGAUUUUGCAUGCCUCACAGACUGGAAGAAACGGGCCAACUGGCGAGAGCAGUAUGGGGUGAAGGAAGAGUGGUGCCAGCCUUUCGAAGUUGUCGACAUCUUGUCGUUUCCAGAUGAAGGAGAAGAUGUGCCCUCAGCUCCAGCGAUUUGUGAAGCAAUGAAGAUAGAAUCACACAGAGACAAAGACAAACUCGCGGCUGCCAAGAAAGAUGUCUACCAGAAGGGUUUCUAUUCAGGAGUGAUGAAGAUAGGUCCGUACGCUGGAAAGAAGGUCAUUGAUGUCAAGGCUCAAAUCAGGCAAGACUUGAUUGACCAAGGAGACGCGGUGGCAUACUUUGAACCCGAGGCAAAAGUUGUGGCCCGUUCGGGUGACGAAUGUGUCGUGGCGCUUUGUGACCAGUGGUACUUGAAGUACAGCGAUGAUGCAUGGACUAACAGAGUUCGAAAGCAUGUGUCUGAGAAUUUCGAGAUGUUCAGUGAAUCUGCCAUGAACGCGCUCACGCACGCGGUCGGUUGGCUUGGUGACUGGGCUUGCUCGCGAACGUUCGGAUUGGGAACAAAGCUUCCUUGGGAUGAGCAGUGGUUGAUUGAGAGCCUUAGUGACUCAACUGUUUACAUGGCGUACUACACUGUUGCACACCUCCUUGAGGGGCUUGAAGGAGCAACGAAGGUCGAAGCGACUGAUUUGACAGAGGAUGUUUUCGAUUACAUUUUCAGCAUAUCAGACAGCCCACCUGAGAGUUCGAGCAUUCCCAGCGACCUGCUCGCGAAGAUGAGACACGAGUUCCAGUAUUGGUAUCCAGUUGAUCUGAGAUGCUCGGGCAAGGACUUGAUUCAGAACCACUUAACAAUGUCAUUGUUCAAUCAUGCUGCCGUGUGGCAGGAUGAGGGCCUUUGGCCAAAAGCAUUCUACUGCAACGGCCACAUCAUGGUCGAUUCUGAAAAGAUGUCGAAGUCCAAAGGCAAUUUCUUGACCUUGGAGGAGGCCAUCAGCUCUUACUCUGCGGAUGCAACACGCAUCGCGUGUGCUGAUAGUGGUGAUGGCUUGCAAGAUGCAAACUUCUCCAGGGAUUCCUGCGGAAAGACCAUCCUUCGAUUGACUACGCUGCAAGCUUGGGCAGAGGAUGCGAUCAAGAAUUUGCCGAGUAUGCGAGUUGGCGACUUCACUUUUCUGGAUGACAUUUUCAGCAAUGAGAUCACAAAGGGUGUCGUUGCCUCUUGCGAAGCGUACUCAAGCAUGCUUUUCAGUGAUGCGUUGAGAUGUGCUCUCUAUGACAUGGAAAACCUACGUUCUCAGUAUAGCAUACUUACAAAUGGCGAUGUGCAUGCAGAUGUGAUCAAACGUCUUCUGCAUUCUCAGACCAUCAUUUUGUCCCCGAUUGCACCACACUUUUGUGAGCACUUGUGGAGAAACGUUCUUGGCAACAAGACGCUCGUUGUGCAAGAAGCGUGGCCGACUCCGGAGAAGGAGUAUGACCCAUUCCUGUCGCGCCAGUACGCAUUGAUUCAAGGCACUCUCCGUACAUUCCGCUUGCAGCUCGAGAAGUUCAAGAGCCCCAAGAAGAAGAAAAAGGGACAGUCCCAGGGACCCCCUCCUGCACCAAACAGAGCAGUUAUCUUUGUGGCCAAGAACUACAAGGAUUGGCAGGUUCAGGUGCUGAAGGUCUUGCAGACUGUGGAGCUGAACGCGGAGAAUGAGCCAGUGGACAAAAACUUCAUGGGGCAAGUGCGUGCUGCGGAGACAAUCAAAGACCUUCCCAAGCCUGUGAUGAAGCAAGUCAUGCCCUUUGCUUCCUUCGUCAUGAAGCAGGAGGUGAAGGCCAGGGGCUCGGAAGCCCUGGAGUUGGAGUUGCCUUUCGACGAGGCAGCCAUGUUGCGGGAUCUCAGCGAGGUGAUAAAAGCUCAGCUGGGUGUUGAGAAGCUGGAGGUGGCAAGUGCUGCUGAAGAGCAUCCUUUAGGCUAUGACCAGCAGCGUGAUGCUGCCGGGCCGGCAAAGCCGCAAAUUGUCUUUCUCGCCGACCAGCUUGAAAGCGCCGGCGGAUAG